UCUCUCUCUCUCUCUCUCUCUCUCUCCAUUCAUGUAUAUAUAAUAUGAUUUGGGUGAUUUUAUAGAAAUCGAGAACCUUUUUUUGGGGUAAUCAUACCUGGAAAUUUGCUGUGCUAUACUGUGAUUGAAUUUCUGCACAAUCUCGUGGGUUUUUAUUAGGGUUCUUCUUUCUUGAAAGAUGAUGAUUCAGCGUGCAUCUCUUUGAUUUGUUCAAUUAACAAGAAAGCGCAUACCCACUCAAGAAUCGUAGAAGUUUACUUCGAUUCGUUUUAAAAACCGUUGAUACCAAGGGGUUAAAGAAACCAGUCAUAAUGUGGGACCUAAUUUUUGGCUAAAAUUUUAUUUUAAGAAAGUAAUCACGAUUUCAUGAAUGCUUCAAUAUUGGGGUUCUUGGAUGCUUAAGCUACUUGGACUGGACAUUAAGCUUUUUGGCUCUUUAUUUUAUUUUUAUUCCCCCAUAAGUUUUAACAAUGCUAUUAUUGUCAUUUGAUUGGAAUCUCUAUAACAACCUGGCUAAAUGGCAUAAUAUUUGGUGAUGAGCUCCAUCAUUUCUACAAUCCACUGAUUGUGUGAUUUAAGAGAAUCAAAGCUGUCUGGGUGAUGGAAACAGUGAACACAUCAAUUCCAGAUCUCAGAAAUGUUGGAUCAGAAAAGGCUGAAGACAAGGUUGCUGAGGUGGAGGGUCUCAAGCAUCAUGUUGAUGAAAUGUUCACAAAGGUUAACAAGCUUGAAGAAAGAGUGAAUAAUGUUGAACACUUCUAUUUGACCACAAAUAAAAAGCAUCCAAACACUUCUAAACGCAGCUCAAUCGUGAAGGAUAAAGAUAAGGAGAAACAUAUUCCUAGCAUUAGGAAGCAGCAGCAAGACGCAUCACAUAGAGAAGCAGCUGCUGCAAAGAGAAUGCAAGAGCUUAUGCGCCAAUUUGGCUCAAUAUUGCGUCAGAUCACUCAGCACAAGUGGGCAUGGCCCUUUAUGCAUCCUGUAGAUGUUGAAGGUCUUGGGUUGCAUGAUUACUAUGAGGUUAUUGACAGGCCCAUGGACUUCAGUACAAUAAAAAAUCAAAUGGAGACCAAGGAUGGUACUGGAUAUAAGAACGUACAGGAGAUAUGUGCUGAUGUUAGGUUGGUUUUCACAAAUGCAAUGAAAUAUAAUGAUGAAAGGAGUGAUGUUCAUGUGAUGGCCAAAACGUUGUUGGAAAAAUUUGAGGAGAAGUGGCAGCUGCAGCUUUUGCCAAAAGUUAUUGAAGAGGAAAGAAGGCGAGAAAAGGAGGAAACAGAGGCACAGCUAAAUAUGCAGCUUGCUCAGGAGGCUUCUUAUUCCAAAAUGGCGAAGGAUCUAAAUAAUGAGCUCUAUGAGGUUGAUAUGCAUUUGGAAGAAAUCAGAGAAGUGCUGGUAAAAAAAUGCAGAAAAAUGUCAGCUAAAGACAAAAGAGAACUUGGGACAGCUCUCAGCCGAUUGUCUCCUGAAGAUCUUAGUAAGGCACUGGAGAUUGUAGCUCAGAAUAAUCCAAGCUUCCAAGCAACAGCUGAAGAUGUCGACCUUGACAUGGAUGCUCAGAGUGAAUCAACAUUAUGGAGUUUAAAGUUUUUUUUGAAAGAUGCACUGGAUAUUCAGGGCAAGAGUUCAAGUACUGGUGGAAACAGCACGAAGAAUCACAACACUGCCACUGCCACUGCCACUGCCACUGCCACAACAACGACGAACUCCAAUCAUAAAAGAGAGAACUAUGAUGCCCUAGCCAAUAAUGCGAAGAAGCGGAGUAAAAAGCUCUCUUCGUAACAUACCGCAGUGUGCUGCUCAGUUAGUCCGUGUUUGGUUCCAUCAUGCAUUUCAAACAUGAUUCUCAGUAACAGAAGAUCAAAUCUAAUCACUCUUUCCCACUCCCGAGUAUUGUCUUUGCGCUGCUGAUAACUUCAGCGCGCAAAUUUUGAAGUCACUGUAGGUUAUAUAUUAUCCCUUGUGGCAAUGCUUUUUUUGCUGUUGUAUAAAUAAUAAAGAUAUAUAUCGUGUUAUAUAGAUAAUAAAGUUUCUAAAUUUUUGUGUUC